AUGCGUCUCAACAGCUCGGCGUCUCCCGGUCCCUGGGUCGGCCUGACCGGCGACCCGUUCACGCAGCCGCCGUCGGUGCUGGAGGGGGCGGUCCUGGCUCCCGGCCUGGGCAAUGGCUCUGGCAACCUGUCGGAGCCCGUACCAGCGGCGCCCAGCAGCGACCUGGAUGUGAACACGGACAUUUACUCCAAGGUGCUGGUGACCAUCGUGUACCUGGCGCUCUUCGUGGUGGGCACGGUGGGCAACUCCGUGACUGCGUUCACGCUGGCGCGCAAGAAGUCGCUGCAGAACCUGCAGAGCACGGUGCACUACCACCUGGGCAGUCUGGCACUGUCCGACCUGCUCAUCCUGCUGCUGGCCAUGCCUGUGGAGUUGUACAACUUCAUCUGGGUGCACCACCCCUGGGCCUUCGGUGACGCCGUGUGCCGCGGCUACUACUUCCUACGCGACGCCUGCACCUACGCCACUGCCCUCAACGUGGCCAGCCUGAGCGUGGAACGCUACCUGGCCAUCUGCCACCCCUUCAAGGCCAAGACCCUCAUGUCCCGCAGCCGCACCAAGAAGUUCAUCAGCGCCGUCUGGCUGGCCUCCGGCCUCCUGGCCGUGCCUAUGCUCUUCACCAUGGGCCAGCAGAACCGCAGCGCCGACGGCCAGCACCCCGGAGGCCUGGUGUGCACACCCAUUGUGGGCACCGCCACAGUCAAGGCCGUCAUCCAGAUCAACACCUUCAUGUCCUUCGUGUUCCCCAUGGUUCUCAUCUCCAUCCUGAACACCGUCAUCGCCAACAAGCUGACCGUGAUGGUCCGCCAAGCCGCUGAGCCGGGCCAGGUGUGCACCGUCGGGGACCAGCACAGCUCCUUCAACAUGUCCAUCGAGCCCGGCCGGGUCCAGGCCCUGCGCCACGGCGUCCGGGUCUUACGGGCCGUGGUCAUCGCCUUCGUGGUCUGCUGGCUGCCCUACCACGUGCGACGCCUCAUGUUCUGCUACAUUUCGGACAAACAGUGGACCCCGUUCCUCUACGACUUCUACCACUACUUCUACAUGCUGACCAACGCCCUCUUCUACGUCAGCUCCACCAUCAACCCCAUCCUCUACAACCUCGUCUCCGCCAACUUCCGCCAGAUCUUCCUGUCCACCCUGGUCUGUCUCUGUCCCCUGGCGGGGCGCAGGAGGAGGGGGCCAGCCUUCUCAAGGAAGGCCAACAGCGUGUCCAGCAACCACACCUUCUCCAGCAACGUCACCCGGGAGACAUUGUACUAGCGCCGGGCAGGCUGGGAGGGAGCUGGGAGGGGACCAGGAUGGGGUCACUCAGCCUCCACCCCCAUCCACCCAGCACCUGCGAGCUAGAGGGAGUCAUUCCAGGGCCUGCUCCCUGGUAUCCAAGGUCCAGGACCCGGCACCCAUAUCCCAGAGGCCCCAUUUCUUUUCAGCUUCUCCUCUCUCCCCACCCCCCCCCCCUCCUCUCCUCUUUGAAAGCAAGAGAGAUUGCUCUCCUCCCAGAUCCAAAAAUGGCCUUUAAUGAGGAGAAAUUCAUGUUGGGUGAUAGGCAGUCUUCUUUGUUCUCAAACUAAUGGAUGUUUAGGGAGAAAAAAAUGAAAGGGGCAGAUCAAGGCAGGCCAUUGGGCAGCCCAGUUGACAUUGGAGGGCAAUGACCCCAAGAGCUGGCGCUGAAAAGAGCCUGGCCGGCAGGACCACCACUGGCCUGGUGCCGCCGAGGGCCUCUGUCACACCUCCAGUCAGCUCAAGACCAAGUUAGCCCCUUCUGCAGCAGGCAUUCGACACCCCCUCCAAGGUGGUGUCACAGGAAGCUUUGAUGCCACCAGAGGGCUGAGGUCAGCCUGCCAUUGCCCAGCCCUGGGCCUCUCCCUCCUCGCCUGUCCUCCCCCGGCCAAGGUGGCAAAGCCCUGCAGGGACACCUUGGGAGGCUUGGCCUCCCAGUUCUCCAUCCUGGCUCUGCGGAAGCAAGACCAG